UCAUCUAUCUAAACAAUGAAGUUUUGGUAUUUUAAAGACUAUGGAAGGGCACUUUUUAGACUUCGGCAUUUUAGAGACGUAAGCAUUAGGAAGACGAAAUCUACACGAAUCUUAUGCUCCAUAGCUUAAGAUCCAGACCUACCUGUACACGAAAUGCAGACCAACAAAUUAAAAUAGUGUAUUGAUUUUCCCUCAGCAAAAUUUGUGUGAUUGCAUGAUGGCUGGCUCCCUCAUCAUAUUUGUGCUCUUCUUUGAUUUUGUUUUGGGUUUACAAUCAGCCUGUAUGCCUCCUCAAUCAAUAGAAUGCAAAAUUAACCCUGGGUUUCACAUCUUCAAUCCUCUGGACAUUUGGGAUGACCAUGAGACUUGUGUGCAUCCUCCAUCAGUAGCAAGCAAUUUUAGCCAUGAAUGCCACAUAUUCAAUUUUAAGGGUAUUUGGGAUGACCGGGGAACUUGUGAGGCUGCAAACGCUGCAUGGCCCAAAUCAGAAUCCGAGCUUAUACAGGCAGUUGCCCAUGCAGUGAAAAACAAGCAAAAGAUUAGAGUAGUCAGCGGGUUGGGUCACAGUCUAACAAGAUUACCCUGUGUGGGAAAGCAGGGACUCAUCAUCUCUACCCAAAACUAUAAUUCAGUAAUUGCAAUCAACAAAACUGCAAUGACAAUUACAGUCCAAUCUGGAACACUGAUGAAAGAUGUGAUUGAAGCAGCUGCAAAGGAAGGACUGACUCUGCCUGCCAUGAUUUACUGGAAUGGAGUUUCGGCAGCUGGAGUUAUUUCUACAGGAGCCCAUGGCAGUGGUCUCUCGGGAAAAGGAAGUGGGGUUUAUGAAUAUGUUGUUGGGUUGAAAUUGAUUGUCCCUGCGCCUCCUUCCCAAGGCUAUGCAAAGCUCAUCACCUUGGGCGAAUCAGAUCCAGAUCUGAAAGCUGCUAAGAUAUCUCUUGGAGUGCUCGGAGCGAUCUCUGAAAUAACCUUCACAUUGGAGCGUAUGUUCAAGACCUCAUUUUCAGCCAGUGUGAAAGAUGAUAAUGAUUUAGAAAAAGAAGCCGAGAGUUUCCUAAGAGCCAGUGAAUAUGCAUAUAUAAAUUGGUUUCCCUCACAAGGGAAGACAAUUUUCCUAAGCAACCAUGUUGUUUCUGUUGAUGUACCUGGAGAUGGCCUCAACUCAGGAGUUGGCGGUCCAAUCACAGCAAUGACCGUUGAAACAAGGGCUCAUCAGAAUGACGAAAUGCAAGCUAAAGAAGAUGUAGAUGCAAUCUGCAAUGGAUUGGAGCUGCUGAUCUCAUCCGCGACAAAGGGUAGUGGCUUCUUGAAUGACGGAAAACAGUUCACAGGGUAUCCUGUAAUUGGAUUCAAUCAUCGGAUGCAAGCAUCUGGUGGAUGCCAAGAAAGUCACCCUAAUUAUCAACAUAACCACAAGAGCUGCACUCCCAACAAGAUUUUGGAUAAAAAUAAUACAGUCUGUAACUGGGAUCGACGGCUGCACACCAAUGCAGUCUUCGACGUGGAGUUGAGAGUGUCAACGUUUCAUCUCAAGGAAGCAAUUGAGGACAUAAAGAAAAUUAGGGAUCUGAAUCCCUCAAGACUGUGUGACAGGGGUUCAGUGGGUGGAAUAUACAUGCGCUCUGUGAAGAAGUCAGAUGCAUAUCUUGGACCUGCAGAGGAUCAGGUGACUUUGGAGCUGCAAACUUAUCGGCCAAGAGAAGCAGGUAUACCCAAGUGGAAUGAAGAUGUUUUUCAAGAAAUUGAGCAAAUGGUGGUAGAAAAGUACAAAGGGGUGCUACACUGGGGGAAAUCUGGAGGUCACUUGUUUGAAGGUGUUGCCAAGUGGUCUGCAAACCUGGAGGAAUUCCUCAAGGUGAAAGAUAGGUUUGAUCCCAGUGGAUUUUUUUCUAACGAUUGGACUGAUGGGUUGUUUGAGAUCGGAGGGAAAAGAGUGGAGGAGUUGAGGGAUGGAUGUGCACUGGAUAAGAUGUGCAAGUGCAGAGAGGAUAGACAUUGUGCUCCAGACAAAGGAUAUUUCUGCCGAGAGGGAAGAAUUUGGAGCAAGGCUCGUGUUUGCAGAAAGUCAUCUUGAUAUUAAUGGUGGUAGAUGGUUUUCCCUGGGCCUGGGUGGUGCAGGAGCACCUGAGCACCUGAAUGCUCAAAUCCUAGCAGGUAUAACAUUUUAUUGCAAUUUAAGCAUGUGUGUUUAUUUUAUGCUUCUAGUAGGUUUAAUAGGUUUGUUUUGUGGUUUAAUAAGGCUUGGAACUCAUUUGUGUUUAAGAGUUUCCAAGAUUUUUGUUUUUUUGCUCGGCAGGCUAAAAAUUGUCAAUUUUGGGUCCAAAUGAGCAUUUUUGAAUUUUUGA